AUGGCGACUUAUAGCAGUUAUUAUGAGGCCCCAGUACUGGACUACCAGCUUGGUAUUAAAUCCGCCCGCUUUCCCCAAGAAAUUCUGGACAUUAUCAACCAGUAUAUUGUUGGCGGCAAUCCCAGGGCGUCAGACUUCAUGGGGGAGGUUCCCGCCCAUCUGUGCCGGGUAAACUCAAGGUGGCACAGCACCUUUACGCCGAUGCUUUAUGCCAGCUAUCGGUACGAAGGUGAUGUAAACCAGAUAGGAAGCCUGUGGUGCUUUGUCCGCACUAUUGUGCAGAGAAAGGACCAUGCUUCUCUGGUCCGAGAAUUAACCUUUACCACCAAGUCCACGCACAGGGAUCUUGGAGUGAAAGAGAAGGCGCGUGCCUUUGAACUACUAAUCCAACAUAAGUGCACGUUUCAACGAUAUUGUCAGGAGUAUCCGAUUGGUGACGACUGCUCUAUUCCUGAUGAUACAACCCUCGCAUGGUUUUGCCAAGCACGUCCACCCUCGCCUGAGAUUAUCAACUGGGUGGAUGUGGACUAUGGAAAUCAAGACGAAGAAGACCAAUGCCUCUAUCGCCUCAUCGAGAGUAUAUUUCAUGAAUGGUAUAUAUUUUCCCUUUAUGAGCACAAUCGAGGGUGGUUCGAUCCGGUCCUGAAACUCUUCACGGAAGAAAAUGCCGAGCGCGCAAGCAUGAUGCUGAGACAGAGUUCGGCAUUCUUCACCUGUAAUAGGAACGGUGACGGGUAUGGGAACUUUCAAAUGCCAUUGAUGGCAAUCAUUAUCGCGCUGUGCCCGCAGAUUGUCCGUCUGAACAUGGACACUUGGGCACAAGAUCCAUUUCUCGAAGAGGUGAUGGCGAUGGGAACCGGGAAGCGGCCUCUUCUUCAAAUCAGCCGGCCCUUGGCAAAUGUUGAGCGUGUCCGAGUUGGAGGCCCGGCCGAAUCAUUCCAAUCUAACCGUACCAGUAUCUCCCAUUACAAGAGCUACUGGUCCCUGCCCAAGUUAAAAGAGCUUGUGAUGCUAAAUGCAGAGAUCAGCGCCGAUUUGGAAAGCCAGACUCCAAGCGACAUUGAACACCUCACUGUUCAAACCGAGGAGUUUCUCCAGGGCAGUAUAUCAACACUGUUUACGGUGACCUGUAACCUCCGCUGUCUCACACUAGGGUUGCAGGUCGAUCAUACAGUGAGAGGGUGGUACCAUGGCGCGAAGACUGGGGAAAUUCUCCCGGAUGGCCCACACCAAUAUCUGAGAGUAUGGCAGAUGAUCCACCACCUAAAGGACACCCUAUGCUUUCUAGAGUUAUACCAAGACAGACGUGACAUCGGACUCCCUCCACGCGAGAGUCUGCCGGUAUUUGCCACCGAUCGCGGAUGGAACAACGGCGAACUCCCACACUUCUGCCCGCCGCUGGGCGAAUUCACCAAGCUACGACAAUUAAAUAUUCCUGUGCUGGGUCUCUACGGGCAUAACUGUAAGCACGAAGAAGGUACCAAGUUCGGAAACCACUUACCCCCCAAGCUCGAGUCCUUAGGGCUCUACGCCAAUGGCGGGAACUGGAUGGAUCGGCAUUUCUGCGCUCUGGAUCAUGAGCUCGAGAGCAUUUCUGUCGCUGGCUCGGUUGCUCAGGGUGGUAGUCUGCGGGCUAUUACCUGCCACGCACCUACCGGUACUGAGUCAGACAUUACAAAAAGGAUGAAAGAUGCGGCCCUUGCGAAUGGGAUUAUGUAUAUCCCUGACGCGAAGAAUUAUUUGUUUUAUGGCGGCCUGAAUACGUUCUGGGCGUGCUAUAAUAAUAACGCAUGGUUUUCAACGGAUGGUGAGGCUCCCGGGAGCUUCAUCGAAAGAUGUGACCCAGGGAGGGUCAUUCCGCGAGGGAUGACGGUACAUGGGUACAAGGGUAGGCUGUGA